AUGAUGGCAGAUAAAGCUUUGGUGAGGAGGCUUUCUGCCUGCGAGACAGUGGGAUCAGCCACAACUAUUUGCAGUGAUAAGACUGGAACAUUGACAAUGAAUCAGAUGAGUGUUGUUGGAAUGUGUGUUGCACAGAACAUUAAUGGAAGUGUUUUUGUACCUGAGAAUGGCAAUGGUGUUGAGGUUUCUGGAUCACCAACAGAAAAGGCAAUUUUACAUUGGGGAUUUCAGCUUGGGAUGGAUUUUGAGGCUGUUAGAUCAAAAUCAUCAAUCAUACAUGUCUUUCCGUUCAACUCAGACAAAAAGAGAGGCGGAGUAGCAUUACAAACGUUAACACCUUCUCUGCAGCCCGACGCUGAAAUCCAUAUACAUUGGAAAGGUGCUGCUGAGAUAAUCCUUGCCUGUUGUACUCGGUAUUUUGACACAAAUGAUCAGUUGAUGACAGUUUUGAGAAAUGUCAUAGAAGAUAUGGUUGUUGAUAGUCUACGUUGUGUUGCCGUUGCAUAUAGACUAUUAGAUGAAACAGAUAACAUUAUAACCGGCAAAGAAGAACUCGCUCGGUGGUCAUUACCAGAGAACGGUCUUGUUUUACUAGCUAUCGUUGGUUUGAAGGAUCCUUGUCGACCUGGCGUCAAAGAUGCAGUGCAUCUUUGCCAAAAAGCUGGAGUUAAGGUAAAAAAGGUCACUGGUGACAAUGUUAAAACUGCAAAAGCAAUUGCUGUGGAAUGUGGAAUACUUGAUUCAUUGGCUGAUGCUACAGAGCCAAGCAUCAUAGAAGGAAAAACGGAAAAACAUUUCGAGCCUUGUCAGACAAAGAGAGACAAGAAAUUGUUGAAGAGAUAUCGGUUAUGGGAUGGUCGUCUCCUAAUGACAAAGAGCUCUGAUAUCAUUAUUUUGGAUGACAAUUUUGCUUCUGUUGUGAAGGUUGUUAAAUGGGAGCGAUCUGUGUAUGCAAAUAUUCAGAAAUUUAUCCAGUUUCAGCUUACAAUCAAUAUAGCAGCUCUUGUUAUAAAUGUCAUUGCUUCAUUUUCCACUGGCGAUGUCCCACUAAAUACAGUACAGCUUCUUUGGAUCACCUUAUGGAUCAGCUUUGGUAGAAGAGAUCCUCUUGUAACAAAUAUUAUGUGGAGGAAUCUGCUUAUUCAGGCAAUGUACCAGGUUUCUGUCUUGCUUAUACUCAAUUUCGAAGGCAGGAACAUACUGAGUCUGAGGCACGAGAUCAGCGCAUAUGCAGUCAAAGUGAAGAACACUAUAAUAUUCAAUGCAUUCGUUCGAUGUCUAGUAUUUAAUGAAUUUAACGCAGGAAAGCCAGAUGAAUAA